ACUGAUAUUCUGAUACACACACUUCUCGCGCUUCUCAACAAACUCACUGUCUCACUUGCCUAAUUUCUAAUAAUUUUAAAUGUUUUUCUGAAUAAGUACAUUUUGAAUACCAUCCUCCACUUUAUUAUCACUUGAUUGAUAAAGCGAAUAUCGAAUUCUCAGAUACGAGAAAUUAAAAAUUUUAUAUCGACGUGGACCUUCGGAAGAAUCAUUUCCUUUUAUAACCUGUGCACUGAAACCUUGAAUGGAUCUUUUUUGGAUGUUGACAAAUGUUUUGUUGAAAAAACAAAUGGCAUAAAUUUUGUUUUUAUUAAACCAUAAGCAUCAAGUGUUAUUUUUACAAAUUAAUAAUAUGGCCGCACUAAGUGGUUUCGUUGACUUCUUUCAAAAAGGAAAGACAUUCAGACCGAAAAAGAGAUUUGCCCAUGGGACACUAAGAUAUUCUCUACAUAAACAAGCACAAGCUUCUCUCAACUCAGGUAUAAAUUUACGCACUGUUGUUAAAUUGCCACCUGGAGAGGAUUUGAGUGAUUGGAUUGCUGUUCAUGUGGUUGACUUUUUCAACAGAAUAAAUCUAAUAUACGGAACAGUUUCGGAAUAUUGUGAUUCUGCGACAUGUCCGACUAUGAGUGGUGGAGCAAGAUUUGAAUAUUUGUGGGCCGAUGGAGAGAAAUAUAAAAAACCAACAGCCUUACCAGCUCCUCAAUAUGUUAAUCUUUUAAUGGACUGGACUGAGAAUCAAAUUAAUAACGAGAAUGUCUUCCCAGUAUCGACUGAUGUACCAUUUCCGAAAACUUUUAUUCCACUUUGUCGAAAAAUCUUGACUCGCUUAUUUCGAGUGUUCGUUCACGUUUAUAUUCAUCAUUUCGACCGAAUAGUCGCAAUUGGAGCGGAGGCUCAUGUAAACACAUGCUACAAGCACUUUUACUACUUUGUCACAGAAUUUGAAUUGAUAAAUCACAAAGAAUUAGAACCGUUGGCAGAAAUGACAUCGAAAGUGUGUAAAGACACUACAGAUGCAACAACGACACAUUCAAGAUAGUUCACUUGAAAUAUUAAUUGCUUAUAAUCAUUGCUAUCAAAUUUAUAAUAAUAAUAUUAAUAAUAGUAGUAAUUGAUUUUCUACUAGAUUCGUAUAAUAAUGGGAAAAUAUUAUUAUUCGAAUGUCAUUCGUACAAUCCAAUUACGACAAUAUAUUGAGAGGAAAGAAUUUCAUUACAUUUUACAAAGCAUCUUAAUUUAUAAAUGGAAAGUUUAGAAUUUAUAUGUAUAUAAAAAUUUCUUUGAAUUUUUUUUUUCUCAGAUAUUUUACUCCAUUAGGCAUUAGAUACAAUAUAUAUUGAUCCGACUAAAUAGUUGUUUUUAUAUAACUUUUAUCAAGUACUUAAUUGAUUUUAAUUGAAUUAAUUAAUUGAAUUACACUUCGAAUCACGAAUAAUUGGUAAAUUAAUUAAUUAAUUGAAUUUGGAAUAAAUAUUUAUACCAAGUAAUAUUUAGACGAUAAAGUUGAUGUAAUAGACAUUUUAGGUACUUUUGUAAGUCUCGAAAAAAGAAUCAAAUCUGAUUUUUCUACAAAAAUGAAUUGUUUAUAAAUUCGCGCAUAAUAUUGGUGUUAUGAAUAAUUUUUUUUGUUAAAUUUAGUAAGUACGAUUUUUUUUGUAACAGUAAAUGUUCUAGUCAACAUUAAAUCUGAUUUAUUUUAAACAAA